AUGGCAGAAGACAAUGGUAGUUUGCGCUUGCUGAUAGUAAACGCCGACGACUUUGGAUAUUGUGAGCAAAGAAACCGUGGAAUAGUAAAAUCAUUUCAAGACGGGAUAGUUUCAAGUGCUUCUUUGCUCGUGAACGCUGAAAGCGCCUUAGAAGCCAUACAGUUGUCUAAGAAAUGUGGGAUCCCUCUUGGAAUUCACCUUAAUCUUACAGAGGGUCGCCCGAUAAAAACGCAUUACAAAAGUCUUACUUCCGAAGAAGGUUUCUUGAGGGGAAAGUUUGGCUUCAGGGAAGCUGUAAAGAAUGGAGAAAUAGACUUGGAUGAGGUAAAUUUUAAUAUAAUUAUGUUGCUCUUAUUUCUAAACCCAAAAUCUUUUCUAGGUGAUUUCUUUUAAUACAACAUGUACCAUUACAUAUUUAAACUUAACAGAGACUAUAGAUUUAGGUAAAAGGUAUUUGAUAAUGAUUAAUAAUAUGAUUAAUCAGAAUCGAAUUUACUUUACCUAAUUUACUUUAUUAAAGAGAGGACAAAAAAUGGGCAUACACCUUUCCUAAUGGAAUUUGAAGUAAAUAGAUAGGGGUUACAACAACAACAAUAUUUAUUGACCCACUUUUCGAAUUAUUACGAGAAUAAUGUUAUAUACUAUACAUAUUUGAGAGGAGAACAGGAAAAUUAAUUAUGGCGUAGUCAUUCCAAGUGUGCUCAUUCACCCACCCCCAGCCUACCCCCCACCCCUCCUUUGGGAAUUUGUAGACCAACAUUAUCAAGCUGGGAGUUCCAUAAGUAGGGUAUUUGUCGUCUAAGCCAUGCCCAGGGUUCGGGUAUUUGCCAUUGUGGAAUUUUUAUAGUUUUUGUAAUAAUGUUUAUUAUGGUGUAAUCAGCAUUUAUUCCACGUGUGCACAUUGAAUAUAAGAUGGUAGAUAGCCAAUAAGAUAGGUAGCGCCAAGGUGGCUAUAAUCAUUUCAUGUCCAACAAGUGUGGUUGGAAUAAUUGUUUUGUUAAAAAUGGCCCCAAAAUAUCGAGAAUUUUUACCGCCUUUAUUCGUAAAAACAAAUGAUUUUCAGCUUGUUUUUAAUUUUGAGCAAACACGUACAGUUACUAUAUUAGGAGAGCAUGGUAUAAUGGCUCAUAUACCAUGAUGGCUAAGCCAAUCAGAACUUUAGAAUUGCAUUAUCCAAUAAUUCAGUUUUUAAUUAAAACAGUAAUAUCCUUAAUCAAAGAGAUUUUUUCAUGUGUUCCCAUCUUCUUAGCACAUGAAAAAGAAAAGUAUUUUUACUGUAGAAAAUACUGAGGUGGGGUGUUCCCUCAUGUUUGUUUAAAAUUAAAAAAGAAUCAUGGUUAACAAUUAUUGAGAGAGAUUUAUGAAAUGAUUAACCUCCAAGCAUGUCCCUUGGUUAACACCCUUUUUUUGUUUAUUUUGUUUAAAAUUUACUGACUAAAUAGUCAUGACCAUGCAGGUUAAACAGGAAAUACAGACUCAACUUGAGUGGUUCAUUGACAAGGUGGGAUCCUUACCAACAAAUAUAGAUGGCCAUCAACACAUUCAUGUCAUACCACAAGUGUGUGAUAUUUUAGCUGCAUUGAUGAAAAAUCAUGGAAUAAAUUGGACAAGAAUACCUGUUGAAAGUAACCUAGACAAAUGUGAUCUGUUGAAUGAACAACAAAAGAGUUUCUUUAAAUCUGUUGAAAAGGAUGCACUUAUUGCCAAGGAAACAUUCUCCAGAUAUGGAAUAAGGUAAUGACCUGGGGGUAAUUAUCUACUGGUGAUGAAAACAAGCUCAAUGAGAUGAAAGAGUCUCAAAUUAUUGAUUUAUUCCUGUUUGAAAUAGUGAAAUAAUAUUUAGAAGGUUUAAAAGUGUUGAAAUGCCUUUUCUUAGUUUGAUUACAAAAACCCAUUUUCUUGACAAAGGAAAACAGAAUUGAAUAAAAUUUAAAAAAGUAAUGUUAAAAAUGUUGGGUCUUAGGAAAUAAUGAUCCCAGCACAGGGUUGUAGCAAGUCUUAAUUUUUUAUUUUGCUGGGUUUUGUGCUGUCUUAGAGUUUUGAGUGUUUCCUCAGAAUGGUAGAUUUUUAAAUGAGGGUCUCCACUUCGCAUAUUUUCCUGUAUUAUCAUCAUCAUGGCAGCUAUAUAUGUAGGUGGUCAAGAACAAAAGUGUUUCUCUUUGCUGGGAGGUAAACUCUGUUUUCAUUCAAAUUCUGAUAAAAAGAAAUUGUUUUGUAAUGCCACCAAUAUAGCCACCUUGUCAUGUGUUUGGAAACCAAGAAUUUUACAGGAAUCUACUUUAUUUUUUUCUUAUGUUUCAGGUUUACUGGUCAUUUUAUUGGACUUAGUACCAUGGGAAAAUACAUGGUGUUUCAUAGGCUACAACAAGCUUUUGAGAAUGUUUUUAUGCAAAACAAUCUCACAGGAAGUAAACUAUGUUCUUCAUGUGAGUUCAUGGUGCACCCUGGGUAUAAGAGUAUUAUAGGAUGUGGUGGGUGUGGUGAGGGACCUGAUUUGUUUGCCUGCUCAGAGGAAAGGGAACAUGAAUUAACAACACUUACAAGUCCUCAACUCAAAGAGUACCUGAGAACUAGCAACAUAAGAUUGUGUUCUUUUAAAGAUCUAUGUAAAAAAUAA